AUGGAAGAUGAGGAUGAGGUACAACAGGAGGUUAAAGAAGAAGUUGCUCAACUAAGGAAUGAAGUUUCUAAGGAAGACAAUAUUUUGAAAGAAGCCAUUCCCAUUCCUUUUCCAUACCUUACAAGGAGGACUAAAAAGCAAGUGGAGCUAGAUCCCAAGAUGGUGGAGAUCUUCAAAAAGGAAAAGAUCCAUGAUUUAGAAACUAUUCCUUUGGGUAGCUCAAUUUCAGCUCUUUUGGGUGCUAUACCGGAGAAAUAUGGUGAUCCCGGUCCUUGUAUGGUUACUUGCACUAUAGGGGGUGCACAGUUUAUUGACUGCAUGUGUGAUUUAGGUGCAUGUGUUAGCAUUAUGCCAUUAUAUGUAUAUGAUGCUUCGAGGCUUCCACCAUUGAAAAGGUCAGCAGCCCAUUUUGUUUUGGCAGAUAAGAGCAUAAUCUCAGUGGUUGGCAUUGUGGAAGUCGUCUUGGUGAGCAUUAAGGGGUUGAUUUUUCCUAUUGAUUUCUACAUUCUUAAGAUGCUCCCUAAUGACUCAGGAAGACCAUCAUCCAUCUUGCUUGGGAGGCCGUUCUUGAAGACUUCUCGGUUUAAAUUGGAUGCCUUCUCGGGUACCUAUUCCUUUGAGAUAGAUGGAAGAGCAGUGAGUUUCAACCUUGAUAAAGCUAUGAAGCAUCCACCGGAAGACCACUCUAUCUUCCAGUGUGAUAUUAUUGAUGAGACUGUGGCUGAAGUUCACCAAGAGGCAGUUGAUGAGAAGAACAUGGUUCAAGUGGUUCCGAAUGUUCAAGUGCGAACCUAUGAGCCGAACAUGGAGUUGAAGUACCUUCCACUUCACCUCAAGUAUGGUUAUCUUGAAGACAAUCAAAACCUCCCGGUGAUUAUUGCAAAGGAGCUUACUUCGCAACAAGAGGAGCGUCUGAUCCAUAUUGCUCUAGAAGAUCAGGAGAAAAUAACUUUUACAUGCUCCUUUGGAACGUGUAUGAUGAGUAUCUUCUCAGAUCUUCUCGAGCAUUAUAUGGAAGUCUUUAUGGAUAACUUUAGUGUGUAUGGUGAUUCCUUUGACCUUUGUUUGGACAAUCUUGCUAGAGUAUUAGAAAGAUGUGCUAGUUCAAACCUCAUGCUUAAUUUUGAAAAAUGUCAUUUUAUGGUAAAGCAAGGUAUUGUUCUAGGCCAUGUUAUUUCUAAUACUGGUAUAUCUGUUGAUCCUGCAAAGGUUGAUGUUAUUUCUGCUUUACCUUACCCCUCAUCUAUGAGGGAAAAAGACGUAGAGUUUGACCUGAGUGAAGACUUCAUGGAAGCAUUUGACAAGCUGAAGAUCACCUUGACCCAAGCUCCUAUUGUGAGAGGCGAUGACUGGAGUAGGCCAUUCGAAAUUAUGUGUGACGCAUCUAAUUAUGCAGUAGGAGCGGCACUGGCUCAGCGCGAAGGUAAGGAUCCUUAUAUUAUUGCUUAUGCUUCUAAAACUUUAGAUGGUGCUCAGUCUAAUUAUACUACCACUGAAAAUGAACUUUUAGCCAUUAUUUUUGCUUUAGAUAAAUUUCGGGCUUAUUUAAUUAGAACCAAAGUGGUAGUAUAUUCAGACCAUGUGGCUUUGAAAUACUUGUCAGCUAAGAAAGAGUCCAAACCAAGGUUAAUCCGUUGGAUAUUAUUAUUGCAAGAGAUUGAUUUAGAGAUCAAAGAUAGGAGUGGUUCCCAAAAUUUGGUGGCGGAUCACUUGAUUUGCCUAGAACAUAUUAAAAGUGACUCCACUCCUAUCAAUGAUGCAUUUUCACUUGAUAGCUUGCAAGAAAUAUCUGAGGUGGUUCCUUGGUAUGCACCCAUAGCUAAUUAUUUGGUUAGUCAUACCUUUCCUCCAAAUUUUUCUAAGCAUCAAAAGGACAAGGUUAAGAGCAGGUCCAAAUAUUACAUAUGGGAUGACCCAUAUUUGUGGAGAUGUGGUGCUGACCAAAUAAUUAGAAGGUGUGCUCCACAAUCUGAAAUCCAGUCAAUUUUAGAGACAUGCCACUCUUCUGAGAGUGGUGGACACUUUGGUCCUCAAAGAACUAAGAAUGACAAGUUUGUUGAAGAAACAUGGCAUCAUUCACAAGGUGGCGACGGCUUACCAUCCCCAAACAAAUGGCCAAGCCGAGGUGUCUAA